AUGAGUACAAGCGAGGCCCUUAAGAAGAUAAAAAACAAACAAAGAAGGCAGAAAGUGUAUGGGGACAUAAAACGACAAAAAGAUAAAGAACGACACAAGUUAAGAGCUGAACGAGCUCGGGAAGAAAGACUGAAUCCCGAGUUAAGAGAAGAAAGAAUCGCGGCAAAUGUACCAGAUACGAUAGAUUCCAAGAGAAUAUAUGAUGAAACCAUAGCCUCACAAGUUGAAGGGAACGAUGAGUUUGCUCAAUAUUUUGAGAAUCUCUCAUCAGAUCCCAAAAUUUUGGUGACAACCAAUAUAAAUGCCAAGAAAGCAGCUUAUGAGUUUGCCGACAUGUUGAUGGAUUUCUUACCCAAUGCUACAUUUAUCAAGCGUAAAAGGGAUUACAAAAUUCCCGAGAUUGCUCAAUUUUGCUCGAAUAGGAAUUAUACUUUGUUGGUGGUUAUAAAUGAAGAUAAGAAGAAGGUUACGGGAUUAACAAUGAUUAAUUUACCUCAAGGACCUACUUUCUACUUUUCAAUAAGCUCGAUAGUGGACGGCAAAAGAAUCCAAGGUCAUGGUCGGGCAACUGAUCAUAUACCGGAGCUUGUACUUAAUAACUUUAAUACCAGGCUUGGUAAAACUGUUGGUCGAUUAUUCCAAUCCGUGUUUCCACAUAAACCGGAAUUGCAAGGACGCCAAGUGAUAACUUUGCAUAACCAAAGAGACUAUAUAUUUUUGAGAAGACAUCGGUAUGUUUUUAGGAAUGAAGAGAAGGUGGGGUUGCAGGAGUUGGGACCACAGUUUACUAUGAAGUUGAGGAGAAUGCAAAAGGGUAUCAAAGGUGAUAUAGUUUGGGAGUUUAGGCCAGAUAUGGAGAGGGAUAAAAAGAAGUUUUAUCUUUAG